ACUGAGGACUGUGAAAACUCCGAGGCUCUCAUACAUGACUUAUUGUCUCUUCAGUACGUCAUAAUGCGUAGUGUCGCAGAACACAAGUGUGUUCCCGUCGCAGAUGUUGAAUCAUUUGUAGAGCGGUGUAUGAGGGCGGUGGGAACUGAUCAACAUCACUGUAAAGCUCUAGCUCAAGUGCUGUGUGCGGCAGAUGUUAGGGGACAUUUCACUCAUGGACUACACAGAUUAGGUAAGCUUAUAUUGCCAAGCAUAUACAGAUUCUAGACCGCAUCAGUGUGAUCAGAGCUGAAAUCAUACAUACUACUGAGGUUGAAUUGUUCAAAGCUGGCCGGCUGGACCAUGGCUGGACCAGUCAUUUUUACCAUGAAAUAGGCUUUUUCCAAGAGGUUUUUUUAUCAUUAUUAUGAAAACCCAUCUCCUUCGUGUAUACUACUUAGGAUUUGACUGACUGACUGGGUAAUUUUCAUUUAAAGUGAAAUUCUCAUUAUCUCGGGUAAUGGUCUGGCCGGUCAGUUCAGACAAAUGGAAAGUGCCCUAAACCUAUGCCACAGAGUUUUCACAGAUCAGGUUUUUUUAGCAUCAUUUUGGAGCACUUUUUCAGCGAUUAGGGAAGCACCGUUCCGUACGCGUGCACAUCCAUAAUGCGAUAAUUACCAAGAAAAAAAAGGAAAGGCUAUCAAAAAAUCAGAAAUACUUACUUUCUACUCUCCGGUUUUUGACCGAUUUGUAAGUCUUACUUGAUAUUCAAAAUGCGCGCGAAAAUCGAUUUAAAAAUAAACUGGUCUGUGAAAACACCGUCGUAUGGGCACUCCCCCUAGAGAAUGUAGAAGUAUUCGAAAUGACUAAAUUUCUAGGAAGCUGAAUAGAAACGGCUGCCGGAUAACGUUUUAAAGGAGGGCCACUAUAUUACAUUACUCUAAGUAGUGUAGUUGAAAAAACAAGUAAAUGUGUAGUUACUGUCUAUGCAUUUUUCAAUAUUAGAGUUUUACGUUCGUGACAUUCAAAAUGGGAACAUGCAACCACAGGGUGAGCCUACAGUUGAAAAGGAAACUGGACCAACUGCUUUGGUAAACGGUAACAACUUGCUAGGACCGGUGAGAAAAUUAUUUCAUUACUGAUCUUUAUCCCCAAAAUGACCAUUCUUACCCUAGCUGCUGUAGCUAAUGUCGUCGAAAUGUCGUGUUGUUUUGAUGUAAAUAUGAAAUUAAAUUAAUAGAAAUAGAAAUACUUAAUUAUCCUCUCCCCUUAUGGGGUUUUCCGGGAUAACGAAGCAAAUAAUUCAAAUGAAACAUAAUGGUUAAGAAUCCCAACUGGUAGGAGGCGAACCAGUUGGCUAUUUUACAAGCAAGGCCGAGGAUUUGAACUUGGGAAUAUCGAGAACAAAUCCAGCUAGUGGUCAGGGCGGGACCUGAAGUCGGGGCAUUGCAAGUCCAGCGCUCUAACCGCUCGGCCUCCUUUCUUAGAUGUGUUUCACAGUCUCAAAUCUGUUUCUAUCUUUCAAUCCUUGUUUUUAAAAGGCAGAAUAGCGACAUCUUCUCAAUAGGUGCAUCUUAUUAUUUCUCUUGAAGAUAAUACAAUUCGUUUCCCUAGCGCCCCCUUGCUGGAUACAUGUGUAAAUGCGGUAAAUAACAUCAUUGCUGGUGGUACUUCUUCCCAAAUGGAUAAUAAUUUACUCUGUUUUCUGUAAAGGAAAGUGUAAUCGGUUGAUGUAAAGCUUGCCCACCAGGCUCCGGUUGCAGUUCAAACGUGAUAGCGCCAUUGACUGGAUAAAUCACUAUCCAGUGGAUAAGUGUUAGUGAUACCAGUUUUGUUAUUCACUGGAUAGAGAUUUAUCUAGUGAAUAGCACUAUCUUGCUUUUGAAAAACUGGGUAAAAUUUUUGAGUAAAGAUUUUUAUCAAGUGCAGCGUCAUCUACCUUUUUUAAAAUCAAGUGGAGCUGAGCUGGUUGUGUAAAUGAAUACCAGCGAGACCUAGCGCCACGAGGCAUUGCAAGAGUACUCCCCCCCCCCCCCUGAAAUAAGCUUGAACUAAAUUCUGGUGUAAAUCGCAAACCUUGGCACGAGGAUCUAGGAAUUAGCAAUUCAAGUUCAGUGGGGUCCACAAAAAAUCCCACCCCCUGGAAACUAAGUGCCAACGGACUUGUUAAACAAAAUGAAAAAGUUUUGAAAUGGGGCUUGCGCGGUUUUAUCCAGUUCUUGCCCCCUACAUUUAGCUAUUAUAUAUAGUGAACGAAAUAGCAGCAGCCGUCUUUGUUAGAUGCCUUUUAGAGUUUUUCUUGACUGCAAAACAGUCCGUAUUUUUGCGUAUUCAAGUACGCACAGUCAAACAAAAGGUCUGGAGCGAGGCUGAAAACGGAGAGUGAGACUGGGGAGCCCUACAGGCCUAGCGCGCGUGAGUCUCUUACGCUACUCUUACGCUACACUAAACGGAUUUUGAGAAAAAGGCCCGACUGUUUUGCAGUCUAGAGUUUUUCCAACAGUUGAUUUCAACUCGUUUUACAACUGCUUUGAUAUAGGUUGUAGGUAAUUUUAGUAUGGAUCUGGCGAUUAAGAAAGCAAAGGAACACGGCGUUGGAUGGGUAGUUUGUAAAGGUUAGUUACAUUGAAGGUAAUGUUUUUUUUGUCGCUACACCUUGCCAGGAUAGAUGUCAAAACAAUCAAAAUUAGGAAUUUCCCUCUCAGAACGCUGGGAUCUUCUGGGUAAGCACGGAGAAAUAGCUUAGAACAUGAGUCUGGAAACUAAGCUAGAAAAUCCCUGACACUCUUCAUGACCGUUAACCGCUGGUUACGGUGAAAUAAAUUGCGCGUCUAAUUGCAUGUCUAAAACUAACCACCUUCUUGUGAUAGGUCUACAAGAUAGUUAUAAUUCAACAUUUUCCUACCUUUUUUUGUGAUUUAUACGUACUUUUAAACAAACAAUGCCAAAAACAUAUCACUACCCUGGGACCAGGCCCGGGAAAAAAAGAGAAACAGCAAGCGCUCGGUUCGCUUCGCUCGCCGUUAUUUUUCCUAUUUUACCCUGUUUUUUGCCUUUUUUUCCCCAAUACGGAACCUGGUCCCAGGCUCAGACUAUCACACUUUCUGCUUCCGAAUUGCUCGACGCUAUAAAACUUAUGAUGUUAAAUCUUCUAUCGGUAGCAACCAAAGUGUACUAAAAUUCGAAAAGCGCAGUAGCGGAUCCAGGGGAGGAGCCCGGGGGGCCCGGCCUCCCUUAUUUUUAGACCAAGCUAUGUCCGAAGGGCGGAAAAAAACAUUUUUUGAGGCCUUUCCCACCCCCUUCCCUUAUUUUAGGCUCUGGAUGACCGGGCCCUCCCCUCUUAUCUGAAGGUCUGGAUCUGCCACUGAAUUCUGUCUAAGGAAAACCUUGACAAUUGUAAGGGAGUUGCAUUGAUGGCAUCCUUCCCUUAGCUCUUUUACGGUAACAAGACAAUUACUACCCAAAUUUUAAAGUUUAUGGUAGUUAGUAUCGUGAUCGUUAGAAUCACGAGUAUUUUGUGUCAGCUGUAGCCUUUUUACAGAAAGAUUAAUUUUUAAAAUUAAACUAGAGUUGAUAUUUUUUUUACACACUAGUUAUACGUUUCUCCUUUUUCGUUCAGGUUCAACCCACUUUGGCAUAGCAGGAUGGUACAGUAGCAAAGCCCUUGAUCAUGGAAUGAUUGUAAGUUAAUGAAACUUCUGUUUUAUUUAGUAUUUAGCAUGUAAGAUAGGAUUUUCAACAGUUCAACCUUCAUUUUUCAGGGUAUGAGUAUGACAAACGCGUCGCCUGCAGUUGUACCAACCAGAGCGUUGAAGGUAAUGCAUUUUUUCAUUAAAUACGUUAUUCGCAUUGCUUGGAACCACUGCCGCGUGCAAAAUUUGGGCAAUUUUGCUUUGACUCGUUCUUAGGUAUAAUACAUAAAUUUCAAGGUCUGUUGUCGCUAAAAGAACUUGAUUUCCUACUUGCCACGAAUGUGUGUCUGCACUGAGGUUGGCCAAUACUAUUACACCAAAGUGUUUAAUUAGCAAUUAAGUAAUGGUUCAGAUAAGAAGGAAAGGACCAAAACGCAGUGAACACGUCGGAAUGCAAAAAGGUGCUAACUUUACUAUUGUCUCUACUAAGGUUCUGAUUGGUUUAAACAUCAAAUUUUACGAAAUCUUCGCAAAGCAGCAUGUAUAUUAAUCCCUUUUUUUCUAUCCAACUUCCUUAUAACAAAAUCUCGUCUGAGUCUAAGUAACACAGAAAUCGUAUGUGCGGAUCAUGUAAAAUUGUGAACGUUUCUUGGCCAUUGUUUGCAACUCUUAUGAUUGGUCGAAAUGUUUUAACACAAAAAUACACCCUUUAAAAGUGAAUUUUAAAUACAUUUUCUUUCGCAAACAGCCUUUUUGUAGAUUUAUGCAUUCUCUGCGUAAAAAUGAAAAUAUUUCUAUGUGAGGAAAGCGUAUUGCGCCACAACAAAAGAAAUUGCUUCCCUUCUUACCUGGAUCAUUACUUAAUGAAUGAGGCUGAGUAGGAUAAGAAGAAUUAAUCAGAUCGAGGAGGGUGUUAUCCACAGAGGCCGAAUAUUUCUCCCUAGAGUAGGAUGCACGACCUCCUUCUCCACAGAUAUCGACGCCCCACCGACUGAGGUAGUCCUGUCAAAAAUAAUAAGAAAUAAAUUUGCCCCUACGAAAUCAAGCUAAAAAUUGGGAACGAGUCCAUAGAUAUCAACCAGAAAAGCAAAUACCUGAAUUUUCCCGAGAAACUGAACUACUGCGCAAAAACUUACAUCUUCCCGCGAGUCUCUUGCUCAUCCCCCAAAUUCCUUCGCGUUCAAAAUUGAAUUUUUUAUGGUUCUUUUUCUUACAUUGUUAUUUUAGACUAAAAAAAUAGGGAAGCUCCAAGGGCCAGGACGAACACUCUUUUUAAAGAUGUACAAGCUUUGGCAACAUUUUUAAUUUGCGCCUACAGUUGUAAAACCAGGAAUUAUUGACCACAAAUUUACACAAUAUACGUAAUAAAUUAUUCAGUGCUUUUAUUUCCUUGAAGUUUCUCGCCGUCAUCUUGGGAGCUCCCCUUUCUUCUCCCUGAACCACCGGUCUUAAUACCCUCUCCUUUAUGAACGCAUCACCGCAGUGACGAUUUUCCAGUCCAUUGAACAUGAUCAAAGAUGGGUCCGGGUACAAAGUAAGGUUGCCCUAGUUUGGUUGAUUUACCAGCGUUUCUUAUUUGACACUUUACAGCCAACCAUUGGAACAAAUCCUAUCUCUGUAUCCGCUCCAGGGAGAGGAGGGGACAGUUUUCAAUUGGACAUGGCUACGUCAGCAGUGGCGCAAGGAAAGGUUUGUCAUGUGACUCCCCUUAGCUUCACGGGACCGCCAUUUUAUGUGGUCAUUCGAGCCACGCGAAGGUCUAGCCGCUUGCAGUGCAAAGGGAGUACCUUCAUUUCUCAGUUAUUUUAAGACCCUGAGUAUUGGUCCGGCCCUGGGAAUCGAGCCCGGGUCCUCCCGCUCUGUAGUCAACACGUUCGAUCGACUGAGAUCACACUGCCGCGGUUACUUUUAUAUUUAAGCACUAGUAAAAUAUAGUGGAUGCUCAUACAGAGGUAGACUGGCGGUCACGGGAAAAUAUAUGUGGCAUAGAAGGGACGUUUUAUGGACAUGAAACCUUUUGAGGGCAACCUGUUGGAAUUAAUCCCGGCCACGUGACGAGGAGGUCCGCUAAUUAAUAUUCUAAAUUUCAUAUCCAUCUAAUUAAUUUCCUUAAAUCUGCACGCAAGAAAUAAUUACUCCUCAUCUAUUAAGCAUUACUAGUAACGCUGUGUAAGUUUUAGUUAUUCGCCAUAUCUUACUUGGCAACAUGAGUAAUCCAAUUUAAUGCUAGAAUACAGGGUAUAACACCAGUGACCUGUGGACUUCCAAAGAUUGUUUCAAACAAGAGGCAAUAUAUAGGGGUAUUUCGUUAUGGUCUCUGGAAUUGCUGUAUACUAUUGCAAUAUCCUCAAUGAGUCGAUGUUAUUUCAUCAGGUCUCAGUUCUGCAAGGCUUUCGCUAACUACAUCAUCUCUGCAGGUAGAAGUAUGUAAGAGGAAGGGAACUGAUAUUCCCUUAGGAUGGGGUGUCAACUCCAAAGGACAGGUAAGAGUCCCUGUGUAAAGACGUUUGUUUUUGUGCACAAGUUGUGCACAUGAAAUCAACUGUUAUUUCCCCCCUCCCCUGGGAGGGGUAUUCAACAAAAUUUUAUACGUGGAGGCUCAACCCCGAGGUCCAACCCCUUACCUUUUAUAUACCAUUUUCAACAGAAGAGAUACUUCUUUCCAAGAGCCAUUAUGGCUCUUGUUCUUUCCUGUACCUUUUAAUGACAAAUGGUACCCCUUUCACACACCAGUUUAGAGCGAAGCACCGUGAUGACAGAUUUCGCUACCCCUUUCAUAUACUUCCAAUCAACCAGUGAUAUACCUACCCUUCCAUAUGCCUGAAGCCCGAGAAAGGUACCUCUUUCUUGUGGCGCCUCCCUUUAUAAUCCAUUAUAGGGAGUACCCGGGGAUAUCCACACUCUGAGCGGAAACGUUAUUGCAUUUUAUAAAAUUACUAAGAUAGUACGCGAGCUCUGAUUGGCCGAGAAGAGUGUUUGCAUGAGAGUAUGUAAACAUGGUUGUGGCGUUAAGAUGUUUUGCUUUUCGCGCGCUAAUCACGCUAGCACAAAAGUUUUCAAGUUCAAAACUCGACAAGUUUAUUUUAUUUACCCAUUCCUUCGACUGCUGAAACUUGGAAAAUCGUUACAAAGAAGGUGUGUCAAUUUUUUUUUCGCUUAAGCUGACAUUUUAAGCGAGAAAAAUCCGUAUUUUGGAAAGCAUCUUUUUGCAAAACAAGAACUGAUUACGCGAGCGAGACUUCGUGUAUAAGACUUUCCGACUGGUAAGAAUUUAUUUUUAAUCAGGACCGUAACAAAGACUUUGCGUUUUUUCUCGGGAGAGUUAUUUUAUAAAAGCGAUAGAAAAUUUUUUUCCUGUGUUUGCAUAGCCUGAUAUUAACACUCAAGGGAUUCGGAGAAUUCUCGACAGUUAUGCAAACCCUCGACUUCGUUUCGGGUUUGCAUAACUGUCUCGAAUUCUCCCAACCCCUCUUGUGUUUAUAUCAGGCUAUGCAAACACGGAAAACGUUUUCUAUUGCUUAAGUAACAACAAAAAUGUUUAAACAGCGCAGUAAAUGUACUAAGCACACAUAAAAGCCUAAAGGAGGACUGUAUUUUUAACGUUUAGUAGUGGAGAUGGGACCGCCAUUUCUACGUGUUCAUCUGAGGCACGCUAGCAUCCAACUAUUUACAUAGCAAAGGGAGUUCUUUCUCCUUAAGUUGUUUUGAGACAGUGCACUUGAGUACUCGUCCGACCUACCUGGGAAAGUGAACCCUACCUAUGAUCUCCCCGCCCGGCAGACCAGAAGCCCGUUUCUCGAAAGUCCCGAUAGCUUUUCGGGCCCUAAAAGUUCUUUUAUGUUUGUUGCGUUUGCAUUCAAGUUUCAAUAAUCUUGAAAAUGAUAUAAUAAAACUAUCAGUUAACGAAGCAAAACUGACUGGUUUGUGAGCAAGGAACUGUGCUACUUUUCAACAGAUUUUGAUUUUAAACUUUGCCUUCGAACUCGAAAGGUUACCGGGCCUCUGGAGAAACGGGCCCCUGGGCCCGUUCAGGCUGGAGGCUGGAGGGUCUGACAGUAAUUACUGGACCGUCCCCCAAAGCUCUUUGGUUUACUUUCACUUUAAGAUCGAGGAGAUAGCAAAAAUGGUUUCAAUAGUUUUCCAGAUAACGCUUAAAAAACAGGGGCGUAGGGCGUAUGCUACCUGCACGCGCAGUACGCACGUGUGUACCUGAAAAGUCGCGGGUAAAAAAACUGUAUAUAAUAAAAAAGCGAAUUAUCUGACAAAGGCAAAUAAAUUUAAAAAGCACAGUUUUGCUUAAUUCAUUAAACGCUGCUUGUUUCUUUGAAACACUAUUUUUUCUGACGGACGCUUCUUUUUUUAUACCCGAAUGCGAGUUUUCAGGAGCGCGACGCGUGAUUCAUUGGUAGAAAGAUAUAUUUCGAGAAAAGGUGGGAAUAUUGCGCAGAUAGCGGCAGGCUAGAUUUACAUGUAUAAAGCAUGAAAUUGGACUGGCUUGUUAGCUUUAUCUAGCUGAACAAUUGUUAUUUUAUCCUAGGAAACUACUAACCCGCGAGAGGUUUUAGAUGAAGGAGGUGGUCUUCUGCCUCUCGGUGGUAAAGAGAUUACAGGUCAGAAAAAAUUAUUAAUUUAAUAUCUUCCGUGAUUUAUACAUAAAAAUGUUAUACAUAAGAAGAAUUAAUAUAAGUUUGGUAUUCAGCUGAAAGAAUAUAGCAGAAGGAAAAUAGUAAAGGCGACAAUAGCACAGGAACGUGUUUUUUGUGAAGCAGUCUGACGCUAGACACGAAGCAGCCUUUGUUUACCAUGAUCGUCAAAUAAAAAAUAACGAAACAGGGAGAUUAGGUUUAGGGAACCUUUGGCAGGAAGUUAGAAAAAGGAUCAUUAAGUGUUUAAAUAUGUUAUGAACAGUCCAAUGGUGAGGGGGGGGGGAGGAGAUAAUAACACAAAAGAAACAUGAAAACGUUCCUUUAUCUACUCUUGUAAAUGAAGAGGUUCGGUUGAUUCUUUUUUGGUAACCCACUUUAAGUUAAUUUCCUACCCAGAACUUUUCUUCUGCCUUUUAUUAAUUUUUUUCAUUUGUUCGUUCUUUUUUUUUAAUAUUUACUCUUUUAAUAGGCGGCUAUAAAGGCUUUGGUUUAGCGAUGAUGGUGGAGGUGUUUUGUGGAAUUUUGUCUGGUUCAGCAUUUGGACCUCAUCUCAGGAAGUGGCAGGGAGAAGAAAUGGGAAAAGCUAACCUGGUACUGGAAGAAAUUACCUCAAUUCCUAUGUUAUAUGUGUAUUAAGUCCCAGCGCACCUGUUGAUCCACAGGAGAACUGGUUUUGCAUAAUAUUUAUGAGUAUAUUGACGAGUUUAGUAUAAAUGGGUUUAUCUUACCCUAUUUUGGAUGCCAGACACAGGUCGUCCCCCCCAUCCUUCUCCCCGCAGCGAUGGCUUACUUCUGUACCUGAGUUUCUGUUUCUUUCGGUCUCUGGACUUACCUCUUGACUUAUCUUAACGGUUAGUGUUUGGUAACGGUGGCGCCCGGUGGGAUUUUAUUACAAUGUUCCCUCAAAACAUUAAGAAAACAAACGGUAAAUUCAGUUCGUGGAGGGUCCAAAUGCCUGGUACCUUGCACCAUACAAGGGCUUCCUUCUUUAUACGUGCAUAUUAGCGUGAUUUAUAUACUGCAGCUAGACUGAAAAAAUGACCUUUGAGAAACGAGCGCAGAAAUUCCACACUACCCGGAUCUGCGACGUGCUUCUGAUUACUUAUGUUGUGAGAGACAUUUUACUUAACCAAUUAGAAGCACUUUUAAACAAGCCUAGGUGGCGACGCAUGGAUCAUCAGUAUGGAAUUUUUGAGCUCGUUUAUCAGACGUCACGUUCCGGGAAACCAGUGCUGGCGGGCGCCACGAAAUUUCGGCUGUUUUCUCUGGCUAAUAUCAAGCUCAUUUCUUUUCAAAUUGUAUCCGGCUUUGCGUUUUUAUUUCACUAGGGUCAUUGCUUUGUGGCUGUGAAUCCGCAAAUGUUUGCUGACGGUUUUGAGGACAGGAUGCAGUGUCUGAUGGAUCAAUACAGAAAUAUGGAGCCCGUAUGUUCUCCUGCAAUUUGCAACAAAGACAGCAAAUACAUUUAACGAAAAGUAUCAAAAUGUAGUAAGAAAAAAAAGUGGCACUCAAAACGUUUUUCAAGGCCAUCACUUGUUCAAAGCAGAAUAAUCGCGCAAACAUUUUCAAAGCUGCGUGUGUCUGGUAGCGUGUUUUGACACAUGAUGGCAACUGCUUAAAGACUUUUUCCAGUUUAGCCAUUUCCAAGUCACUCAGAGCUCUCUUUGGACAUUUUUCUUUCUUAUAAAAAAAACCCUGCUAUCCUUCGAGGGCUUCACUUACCUAAUUAUCUCACAAACAUUUUCAAAACUGCACGUCAUGUUGGACAAGGCAAAGAAAACAAGUUUCACGUGAAGUCACAGUCUGUGUUUCUGCUCCAGUACUGUGAAAGAUCAUGGGCAACAGCCAAUCGCAGCGCGCGUAGCAUUCACCACAUUUUCUAUAGGACAAUAAUAAGUUUAAAUGGUGCUGUGCAAAAGGCUCAAGACAGAGCACGAGGACAGCUAAAGCAGAGUAUUCUAUUCUUGGGCCAAGAUUAACUCAAACGGUAAAAUCGAGCAUGUCAGGGUAAUCUUUAUUAGCUCAGUAAUACAUAAUGCACCUGACGGGAAUUUUUUAGGCAGACGGCGAGCCAGCAGUACUUGUAGCAGGGGAUCCGGAAAGAGAACACAUGCGCAACGUGAAGCAAGAUGGUGGGAUUCGUUAUCACGUGAAUAUAUUACAUGCUUUGGUGAGUGUUUUUAUAGAAAUUGAGACUGAGAUAUACAAGUUUAUAUCAAAACCAGGAGGAAAAACAAUGUUGGUUAAGAAUUUAUUCAAAGAAGAGGAUAUUUCCAUGAAACCGCUGCUUGGUCUCCAGUCUUAAGGAAUGGCGUUAAGUCAGUGCUCACACAAAAAUUGGAUGUGGCUAAGCUUAAAAGCGGAGCUCCUUCAAGACUUAAUAAUGAAAUUUAGUUGAAACAAUGAACUUUGAGCUAUUUUAACCCAAAUAAAUACAGAAAUAAAAUAACUAAACGUGAGCAAGAGAUCUGAUAAAAAAGUAAUAAUCUGAUCAGCGAAUAACUUUUUAAAAAAUACGUUUACUCACUAUAUAGCGUAGUUUAGAGCGGUUUUCACUUGACUGUCGUAAAACCAAAACCAAAGUAAAUACACUAGCCAACCAAAGGGCGUAGUAAAACCAAAACCAAUCCCUUUCGACAGUCAAGUGAAAACCGCUCUAGCUACUGAUACAGUCUCACUGCUCUCACAGGUUAGCGGACGCACAUUUGGUCGACUGUCAAUUGUUUUUGUUUGGAUGACGUAUAUUGCUCUCUCAUCCCCAUUUCAAUAUGACCGCUUGGGCUCCUUGCUCAAUGACAUUUCAUACUGGCAGAAUUAAGGGGCUUGUACGUGAUAACUAAAAAUUAUUGGUAGGAUAGGUCCCAUUGUUUUCCUCCAGUCUUGAGUCUUUGGCUCCUGGGGACAAGGUAAGCGUUGCGUGAUGUCACUAAAGGAGGCUGCGUACGAGGCUGCGUGACAUGGAGAAAGUGCGGGAAUAUAUGUAUAGGUGACGCAGUACAGUAGUAGGGGAACCAAAUGACGGACACACUCGCUUGCGGGGGCACCCAAAGACGGUUUCCUCCUAAAUACAUAGAAAACAAUUUUUUCGCUAUCCAGAGUACUUUUAAAUCUCUAGAAAUGUAUUCUGAGUGGCGCUAUAAAAAGUUUAUCUGUUCGGUCAUCCUAGGAGAACUUGAAUCUUUUCGAAAUUCCAAGGGCCUCAGUAUUAUUUUCCCGAAAAUUUUAGAUGCAAUUUAACGUAUUGCAAAUUAAAUGAAGGGAACGGUCCUCUAGACAUUUUUAGCCUUUCUCAAGAAAUAGAAAAUUCUUGGCAAUAUUUGCUUCUCCGAAUGGAUACUUGUACAGAAAACUGUCGUUGGGUGCCCCUGAUCUUGAACUUUAUAAUACACUUACAGUAGUACAGUUGCAAGUGGCAUAAAUGACAGUACCAGGUUCUACAACAUCGUUUGCAAAAUGAAAUAUUUCUAAGCAAGACAAAUUGCUGCAUUGUUUUAGAUGCAGUCCCAGCCCCUUAUCCCUCUUAGGUCAUGCUAUCUGUCACUGUAACGUGCUUCAUAGUCUAAAGUCGUUGAAAUAACUUCAGAUUUCAAAUAAUGUCUAUCAUUUGAAGUGGAAAAGUAAUGACUGGGUGAUUAUUCUGCCUUUCAGAAUGACCUUGCUGACAGAUUGGGAGUGGCACAUUUACCAACGUCGUGA